AUGGGUGACUUUUUGAGCUUGGGUUUAUGCGCCUCUCUCACGAAAUGUUGUAAUGAUCUGGGCUGGAAGAACCCGUUGCCCAUUCAGGUGUCAUCAAUCCCACCGUCGUUAAAGGGUAUUCGAACCAAUGCCUUUUACUCUUCCUUUCUGCUUGUAGGAAAUGAUAUCAUUGGGACAUCAGAAACGGGAUCUGGCAAAACGGCAGCGUUCCUUCUCCCAAUUUUACAACAUUGGUUGAGCUCCGGUCGACCGAAAGGCUAUGCUCUUGUUUUGGCUCCAACAAGAGAGCUAGCACUUCAAAUAACGGAUACAGCAAACGUGAUAAUGAGCAAUUUCAGUGAUGAGGAUGGGAAGAUCGGUAAUCCUCUUAAUGUUUCCCUACUGAUUGGUGGUGUGUGCGCGGCGGAUCAGGCCGUCGCUCUAGCUUGGUGUCGGCAUCAUUUCAUUGUCGCUACACCAGGCCGUCUGGCGGAGCACAUCAAACAGUCGUCUGGAUUUGCGCUUCACCACCUCUCCACUAUUAAGCACCUUGUCCUCGAUGAAGCCGAUCGAAUGCUCAGUUUGGAGUUUGCUGAUGAUCUGGAUCUGCUGUUGAACCUCUACGAAAGGCCGACAACUUUAGGUAGACGAGGAGCUAAGGGUGACACAUUCCUCGAAAAGCGCGCGAAAGAGGUGGCUGAGGUGGAAUCAGGGCAUAUUGAGGAAUCUGUGACUCUCGGCAUGAAGAGAACCAAGUAUCCUCAUCCUCAAACCUACCUCUUCACCGCUACGAUGAACAAAGAUGUGAGAAGUUUGCGUCGCGUAGCGCUUCGCAGGGAUGCUGUUAUUUGCACCUCCACCACUUCCAAUCAAAUGCUCUCCAAAUCACAACCCAUCAUCACUGUUGACUUACCAGCUGGCUUGAGUCAUUACUGCUUGCCAACUCGUAGAGUUGACAAACUGGCGUGCCUUGAGUGGCUAUUGGAGAAGAAGGGCGAUGUUCAGGCGCUAGUCUUCUGCGCUCGUUGCCAUGAGACGCGUUUUUUGGCGGCAUUUUUGGUGGAGCGUGGUUAUCGGGCGGUAGGACUGAUGGGAAAAAUGAAACAAGUGGAGAGACGCCGUGUACUAGCCGAAUUUGUAGCGGGAAAGGCGAAUAUUUUGGUCGCAACGGACGUGGCUAGUCGUGGCCUGGAUCUACCCUUCGUAGCUCUGGUAAUCAAUUAUGGCGUCCCUCUCACCACCAAGUCCUACCGUCACCGCGUUGGUCGCACAGCUAGAGCUGGUCGCUGCGGCAUUGCCGUUACUAUAGUGACCCGUGAUGAGGGAAAAGCCUACCUCGAUCUUGAAUCUGUUCUCCUCCCCACGAAGCCGAGAGAACCGCGACGCUGUAUUCCGCGUUGGCCGUAUCAACUUCCCCCAGAGAAGGGGAAACAAUCCGAUGGUGAAGUUGGUAUGGAAACGCGGAGACGCCUGGCCGAAGAAGCAUGGUCAAGGGCUGCAAAAGCUAUUCGUGAGGAAGAGGCUCGUAGGCUAGCAGAGGAGGAGAAAAAAAGGGAAGAUUACUCCAUUGAUUCCUCCUCUGAAGGAGAGGGCAACGAUGGCGAUGAAUUUGACGCCAUUGACGAGGCAGAACUGGCUCAUCAGUCCUGGGCUAGUGGAGCGGCGGGGAUAGCGGCGUAUGCGGAGGCGAUGCGGCGAAGGAAACAGCAGCGUCGAAACAAUCGGACUACAAUGGAGGGGAGCGAGGGGCAGAACGCGGCAGAGGUCAAAAGCGAUACUGAUAGCGAGGUGGAUGAGGAGAGAGGUAAUCUGCACUUUGAUCAACCGAUCAAGGAGAAGCGGGCUGCGAAGAGAAGGGCAAUGAAUCAGAAGAAAAUGCGACCACGUUGA